CGAGGACGACGAGACCGCAAGUAUAUAAGAGAGAAAGGCAUCCAGGUCGACUUCAGUCCUUUUCUGCCCUCCUCUCCUCCAUCAUGAGGAUGCAGGUGGCCGUUGUGGUGGUGGCCCUGGCGGCCUGCGUCGUGGCAGACAAACCCUCGGGGGAGGUCAUUUCCCGCACUGUUUCCGUCAAGAGUCGCGAUCGAGUAUCCAGCGUCAUCUCCCACUUCACCCCCGCCGACCACAGGUACGAAGCCACUGGGAGCGUGCUGAUUGAAAAGGAAUCUGCCGAGGCUCCCAGACCGAACUUACGAACCUAUAGCCCUCCAGUCGCCUCUGCCCCCGCCAAGCCCGCAGCACCGCGAGGACCUGCUGCCAAGGCUUCUGGGGCAGCCCUUACUCGCACUGUCAAGGUUAAGACACCCGUGAGGAUUCCAACUGUCAUAUCUCAUUUCGUCCCCUGCCGAUCAGGUAUGAGGCAGAGGGCUCUGUCACCAUUGUCAAGGGAUCUGCUGCUGCCGCACGGGGCUCCUCUUCACGUGGUGCUGGUGCUGGCGCUCAGUUUCACAUCCCAGCCUGCACCACCCCGCGAGGUCAAGGUAGUGCGCAAAAUCAGUAGACCAACACAGUCUUUCUCAUCUGCCUCUUCUUCUUCCUCUGACAAAUUGGCCCUGACGAGGACUGUGUCCGUCAAGACCCCAGAAAGAGUGCCCACCGUCAUCUCUCACUUUGUUCCCGCUGACCACAAGUAUGAGGCCACCGGCUCCGUCACCAUCCGCAAGGGAUCCCACAGCUCCUCAAAUGUCGCCAGCAGCUCGUCUAGUAGCCAGGCUCAGUUUGUGUCAAAACCUGCCCCUGCUCCUCGCCCGCGUCCUGCACCUGCCCCUAGGCGUCCUGUUGAAGCUCCUCGGCCUAAAGUAACCACAAGUGAGUCGUCUUCAUCCUCCUCCGCCGCUGACAGGUUGGCGCUGACAAGGACUGUCUCUGUCAAGAGUCCCGAGAGGGUGCCCACUGUUAUUUCUCAUUUCGUCCCCGCCGACCACAGGUACGAGGCUACUGGCUCUGUCACCAUCCUCAGGGAAUCUCAGGGAUCAGCAAGAGGGUCUGUGGGUGGGUCAUCUUCUUCAAAGACCCAGUUUGUAAAACGUCCUGCUGCCCCUGCCCCUAUCCCUGCUCCUCCCCGUCAGGUUGAAGUUACGAGAAAGGUCAGCGGACCCGCCCAGACCUCAUCUUCCAGCGCUAGCAAUUUGGCCCUGACCAGGACUGUGUCUGUCAAGAGCCCCAAGAGGGUGCCGAAGGUCAUUUCUCACUUUGUCCCCGCAGAACACCAGUAUGAGGCAACUGGCUCCGUCACAAUCGUCAGGGGGUCAGAAGGCUCUUCCAGGAAGGUUUCAGGAGCAUCGUCCUCUCGUGUGGCGGCCGCUUCCAGCUUCAAACCUGCUCCCAAGCCAGCCCCUCGCGUAGAAGUUGUGCGCAAAGUUAGCCAGCCUGCGAGGUCAUCAUCUUCCUCUUCUGCCUCCUCCUCUGCCUCCUCUUCUAAUGCUGGUUUGGCCUUGACGAGAACCGUGUCCGUAAAGAGUCCUCAGAGGCAGUCAUCUGUCAUCACUCACUUCCUUCCUGCUGAGCACAAAUAUGAAGCCACCGGAUCCGUUACCAUCGUUAAGGGAGGCCGCCAGUCGGUCUCCGGCCAGAGGGCAUCGAGCGGCAGUGCGUCAUUUGGUACCGAGCGUGGAUCAUCGUUCUCUGCCUUCAGUCAGGCGUCUGGAAGUGCAUCAGGACAAGCAUCAGGAAGCAGGAUUUCAUCUGGACAAAGUAGUGGAGGGUUCUUUGCUGCCUCUGCAUCGUCUGACAAGGCUUCUGGCAGCGAAACCUCAUUCGGCGCUUCUCAGACAUCUUCAGGCAGCGGCAGCCGCGCAUCUGGCUCAGUAGGCCAAAGCUCCAGCGGCAGAAUUUCCUUUGGUGCCAGUCAGGGUUCUUCCGCUGGGUCCUUUGGUCAAGCCUCCGGGAGUGCAAGCAGGUUUUCAGGCAGUCAAAGCUCAUCUAGUUUUGCUCAGAAAGCAUCCUCCUCCAGCUCAGGCAGGCAAGAUUAUUCUUCAGCAAGGAAACAAGCAUCGUCUGCAGCCUCUUCCAGUUCAAGCUUUGGUGCAUCGGCCUCAUCAGCAUCUGCUCAGCGGUCCCAAGCAUCAGCGUCUGCUCAGCGGAAGGCACAAGCAGAAGCUGAAAGCCGGGCCCAAGCAGAAGCUCAGCGCCGGGCCCAAGCAGAAGCUCAGCGCCGGGCCCAAGCAGAAGCUCAGCGCCGGUCCCAAGCAGAAGCUCAGCGCCGGGCACAAGCAGAAGCUGAAAGCCGGUCCCAAGCAGAAGCUCAGCGCCGGUCCCAAGCAGAAGCUCAGCGCCGGUCCCAAGCAUCUGCUGCAGCUGCUGCCGCUGCACGAGACUCAUCUUCCGAAGAAUCCUACAGCUACCAACUUGCGGAAUCCUACCGAGGCGGCAGCUCAGUCAGUGCUGCUGAACUCCUUGCUGAACUUGAGAGCUUCAGAGAGGACGCAGCAAGGUCUGGUGUGAAGAUCACCCAAACCAAACAAUCAGGAAAGGACGACGGCAGUGGCACAGGGCCAUACACCUUCAGCAUCAGAGUGGAGGACGACGACUCCACCAAUUACCAGAGCCGCGACGAGUGGGUCGGGGAGGAUGGGGUGGUCUACGGCUGGUACACUGUGACCAUGCCUGAUGGUUACUCCUACAACUACACUUACAUUUCCCACCCUAUCAAGGGCUACCAGGUUAAGGUGAACCGGAAGGACUCAGGCAUCGCCCUGAAGCCCGUCAAGGCUGACAUCUUUGCUCCUGCCACCGUGUUCUCUGACAAAGGCAUCGGAAGGUUUGCUGACUUUGCCAUCUCAGGGGUCAAUAACGACUACGAGGAAGAGGACAACAUGAGCUUUGAGGAGAACGCUGCCGCCAUGUUCGCUGAUUCCCUUUCUGAGGCCCUGAAAGUCACCGAACAGUCCUCGUCUACCAGGCCCGUCGUGUCUUCUGGCCCACCCAGCCACAUCUGUGGACACAGAAUUGUUCGCGUGCGUGGCUCCCGCACGCCUGGUUCUAGGACCGUUGAGGAUCUCGUCUAUGGACCGUGCACCUACAAGGGAGAGGAAGUCACUCACGACUCAUCUGGCUCAGCAGCACGCUCCUCUGGAUCAAGCUCCAGUUCUCACUCGUUCUCUGGUUCAUCAUCUGCUGGCUCUUCAUCUUCGUCUGGUCGCAAGGCAUCUGGCUCUGCCUUCAGAGCGUCAAGCCAGAGUUCUGGUUCUUCCUUCAAGGCUGCUACCAAGGCCUCUGGAUCAUCUUUUGCCUCUGGUAGCCAGAGUGAGUCUGCCUUUGGUUCUGCUAGCCAGAGUGGUUCCAGCUCUCGCUCUGGUAGCCAGAGUGGUUCCGCCUUUAGAUCUGCUAGUGAGAGUAGUUCUGCUUCUCGGUCUGCUAGCCAAAGUGGUUCCAGCUCUCGCUCUGGUAGUCAGAGUGGUUCCGCCUUUGCAUCUGCUAGACAGAGUGGCUCUGCUUCUGGGUCUGCUAGCCAGAGUGGAUCUGCCUUCGGAUCUGCUUCUGGGUCUACUAGCCAGAGUGGAUCUGCCUUCGGAUCUGCUUCUGGGUCUGCUAGCCAGAGUGGAUCUGCCUUCGGAUCUGCUUCUGGGUCUGCUAGCCAGAGUGGAUCUGCCUUCGGAUCUGCUUCUGGGUCUGCUAGGCAAAGUGGAUCUGCCUUCGGAUCUGCUUCUGGGUCUGCUAGCCAGAGUGGAUCUGCCUUCGGAUCUGCUUCUGGGUCUGCUAGCCAGAGUGGAUCUGCCUUUGGAUCUGCUUCUGGGUCUGCUAGGCAGAGUGGAUCUGCCUUCGGAUCUGCUUCUGGGUCUGCUAGGCAGAGUGGAUCUGCCUUUAGAUCUGGUAGCCAGAAAGCUAGCUCUUCCUCUGGAUCUGGUAGUGGUGCCGCUGGCUCUUCAGGCUCUUCAGGGGCUUCAGGUUCUUCAUUCUUCCAGUCCUCAAGCUCUGCCAGUUCAUCCAGUCGUUCAGGUGGCUCUGGAUCUUCCGGUGCUCGUUUCUUUGGAUCAGCAGGUGGCUCCGGUUUUGAAGAUUCGAAUGAGUCUGGCUCCGGCCGUGCCUCAGCUGCAUUUGAAUUCCACAGCUCAUCCAGUCCAUCCAGCUCUGAAGAAAAGAAAGCGAGUGGCUUCUUCCACUUUGUGAAGGAAAGCUCAGAGUCAGGUUCCUCUAAGGAGCAUUCAGGUGAAGGCUUCUCAAAAUUCAGGUCUAGCUCCAGCUCUUUCUCCCGCGGCUUUUCGUCCUCAUCUCGCUCAGGAGGAUCAUCUGAAGGGAGCCUCACACGCACCGUUUCAGUUAAGUCUCCCGUCCGCCAGUCGAGCGUAAUCAGCCACUUCACACCCGCCGAACACGUGUAUGAUGCAACCGCUGGUGUCACACUGGGCAGCAGCUCCUCUCGGCAAUCCUCCACCCCUUCCCGAGCAGUGUUCGUGUCCUCAAAGACCGACUCGUCCGCCGCUGCUGCCGCCGCACGUCAGGCUGCCGAAGCCGCCCGCGCCGCUGCCGCCCGCGCCUCGAAGUUGGCUCUCACGCGCACUGUUUCUGUCAGGUCUCCUGAAAGGAAGUCCACCGUCAUCUCACACUUCACCCCAGCAGAGCACCAGUAUGAGGCUGUUGGCAGCGUCACCAUCCAAAGGGAUUCUGAGCAGUCCUUCUCUUCCGUCUCUCCUGUCAGGACAUUUACAGUCAAGGCCUCCCCUGCCCCUGCCCCAGCCCCUGCCCCUGCCCGUGGCUAUACCUCUCCUUCUCGUCCCUCUUCCCCCUCCAAUCUCUCUCUCACACGUACCGUCUCCGUGAAAACCCCUGAGAGGAAGUCAAAUGUCAUCUCCUUCUUCACUCCGGCUGAUCACAAGUACGAGGCCACAGGCUCCGUCACCAUCCAAAGGUCGUCAGCCUGAGUGUCAUCAUCGCCCAUUCGUUGAACUGUCAGGUCGCCGGAGUCUUCUCCUCUGUACUUAGAUUCAUAAAGGUGUAUUAGUGUUUGUACAAUGUAUUGUAGUCGGUAUCAUUCAGAUCGUUUAUUUUU